GUUGAUGUUACCAAAAAUCCUAAUCAGAAGUAGGUAGAAAGACUGAAAUCUUCAUAAUGAAUGUGAUGGAGGAGAGUGGUUUGUUGGUGGAGAAAUUGGAGGAAACAUUGAAGCAUAUUAAGAAACUCAGUAUGCGCACAUACUUGAAAUUUUUGCCAAAAAUCGAACUACAUGCUCAUCUGAAUGGUUCCUUGAACGACAAAAUUCUCAAGGAACUAGGGUGUGAAGAAGAUUCUAUAAUGCAGUACAAAAAACUCACCCAAAGCAUUGAUAAAUCAGACAAUACCUUACAGGAAUGUUUUGAUGUCUUCAAAAUUGCCCAAAAUGCCACAAAAACUCAAGAAUCUGUUUACUUAGCCACUAAAAGCGUUAUUGAGGACUUUGUUAGGGAUGGAGUGGUUUACUUAGAGUUGCGAACCACUCCAAGAUCAGAAAUCAAUAUGUCAAAAGAAGAAUAUAUUGAAUCAGUUAUCAGAGGCAUUGAAUCUCUUUCUGGAUCCAAAGAGAAAAUUUUUGUUAAACUUAUAUUAUCCAUUGAUAGGAGACAUGACAAGAAAACAUCAGAAGAGUCCUUGAAAAUCAUCCUAAAAAUGAGAGAAAAAUAUCCAAACAUUAUUAAGGGCAUAGACUUCAGUGGGAACCCAAAUGCAGGAGAAUUUGAUGCUGCUCUUUUUGAAGAAGCAAGAAAAAAUGGUUUGAAGACAUCCAUACACUGUGCAGAGAUACAAAAUGAUGAUGAAACUAAGAGAAUUCUGGAAUUUGGACCUGAUCGUAUUGGGCAUGCUACUUAUUUGCACCCACUUUAUGGUGGAUCACAGGAAAAUUGGGAUUUGUAUUGUAAGAAGAAAAUACCAGUAGGUAAUGAACCUAUUCAAAGCUUAAUGUUUUUAUGCUCCCUCUAAAUACCCACAAGGAAUUUCCUGAUUGUUUCUUCCAAUUAUUGAAUCUAUUAUAAUAUGAAAGGAACUCUACUAUAUGAAGCCAGAUGUGAAUUGAUGAUGGAAUUAAUUUGGAACUGUUUUUGAUUUUUCAGAAUGUUGUUUGACAUCUAAUGUAGUUUGUGGAACUUCACAAAGUUUCCCAGAACACCAUAUUCAAGAAUGGAUAAAUGGAAGUUUGCCAUUCUCAAUAAAUACUGAUGAUAAAGGCGUUUUCUCAACAAGUCUGAGCAGAGAGUAUCAGCUAGUACAAAGACACUUCAAGUUAACUGGCUCUAAUCUGUGGCAAAUUUCCUAUGAUGCAAUUGAUUAUUCCUUUGCAUCAGCAAAAGAAAAGGAAAAAAUGCAAUACUAUUUAUUGCAAUGGCUUUAUCUUUGCCAUGACAUGAUAUACAAAAAAGUGGACCCAAAUAUUGAUGAUGAUUUUUGUGAAGGGAUUGCAGAUGGUUUUUGGAAUAAAUUGCAUAUGCUUGAACAGCAAUGAAUGGAUUUGUUUUUUGUUGAUGUUUCAGAAUUUGGGAUGGUUUCUUGAAAUAUAAUAAAACUGUCGUAAAAAAGAAUAGUUUUGUAAUUUUCAAAUAAAAAAUAUUACAUUUU